AUGAGCGCUGCUCAAGGCGGUAACAGCCUGCAGCGGGGUCGGGUGUUGGAAGAUAUUGAUCAGCAUGGUAAGGCGAGCAAGCGCAGAUUCGAUAUUGUUUACACAGCUCAAUACCGCCUCUUCCACGGUUUCGUUCAUUGUAUAGGCCUUGCUGAUCGUCGACGAGGCUUACGGAUCCAAAAAGAAGAAGACAGAUUUCCCUCUAGCUUUGAAAUUCUUCAUCAGAUUGUCCCAAGGCUUACCUACUGCCAAUACCAUCGAUAUCCUCCCGUGAUAGCCUUCUGUAAUGUAUGUAAUUUUGACAUCGUAGUAGAAAUAUCAGGCGACCAGGAACAGUAUCGAAGAGCUAUGUAA